AUGGCCAAGGUUGUGUCCCUGAUCAUGAUCACCAGGGACAUGAUUCUGAAGAUCCAGCCGCGGACAUCGCAGGGCCCUGGGCGCAGCAGCACCACCUCUGCUGUGGCUGUUCGCACUGACACUGCGUCAGCACAUGCCCUGCAGAGCCCUGCAGAGCAGCAGCCAGCCAGAUGGCAGUCAGGCCCGGACGCUGGCGGCAUGCUUUUGAAUGGGGAAGCAAAGCCAGCAGCUGAGCCUGCAUCUGGAACCCACUCAGACCAGCCGCAUCAGCUGCCCACAGAGCUGAAGGCCAUUGCCUUUGAGGAGGUCGUGCCGCAGUCCCCUGACGCCAUUGCAGCCUACCUCUCCAGCGUUAUCCCAGGCAAGAAGACCUGGACGCGUGAUGCACGGGCGUUCCUGAAGAAGCUGGGAGUUGGGGGGAAGCUGGCGCAGACGCUGGUGGAGCGCUAUGGUCUCCACACGGAAGCCUGCCUGCGUAAAGACCCCUACUCCGCGCUGUUCUCCAUCCCCGGCGUCUCCUUCAGGGCGGCGGAGGAUCUUGCGCGUGCGGUUGAGGCGCCGUCGGACCUGCUGUCCAGGGGCGCGAUGGCCUUCCUGCACACGCUGCAGCUGGCGGCGGACAAGUCGGGGCACACCCACCUGCCCUGGAAUGUGCUGCUCUCCGAGACCCUGCGCCUCAUGGCCAGCUCAGGGAAAAGGUGGGAGGACGAGGAGUCAUUGCGGAGGGUGGCGCAGCGGCUGCAGGAGAGGGGCUUGCUGGUGGUGGAAGCUCCGGAGGCCCCUCUGCUCACCCAAAUCAGCGCGGCGCAGGCUCCCACGCCGCCCCUCUCGGACGUGUUUGGGGAUGCCGACUCCCCCGAGGGCGGCAACUGGCAGGAUGCAGCCCAGGAGGCUGCCAGGAGGGAGUCGCUGCAGGCCUACCUGGCUGUGCGCAUGACUGGCGUGGGGCCCUGCAGGGCGCGCCAGAUGGUGGACGAGUUUGGGGAGCGCAUCAUCCGGGUGCUCAACGGCGGCGCGGUGGCGGCGGAGAAGCAGCUGAUGAAGCUGAAGGGCGUGGGCAAGAUCACCGCUGCCAGGAUGAAGGCCAGCUGGGACAAGUCCAAGUCCAAACAGGCGCUGCCCUGGCCGUGGCAUGCUGACUCGCGCUGCUACCUGGCAGGCAUGCACCAUGCAGAGGAGGAGCAGACGUUUGAGAACAGGGAGGAGUUCUUCAAAAAGUGGUCCAAUGCGUGGCUGAAGACACAAAGCGCUUCAGGGAACGCGGCGGGGCUGAGUGAGGGGCAGAAGGCGGCGGUGCUGAAGGCAAGCACAGCUCCUCUGGUGGUGCUCACGGGCGGGCCGGGCUGCGGCAAGACAUUUGCCACCAAGGCCAUUGUGCAGCUGUGGGCCCGCCAGGAGAAGGACAUCCGCCUGGCCGCCCCCACAGGGAGGGCAGCGCAGCGCCUGCAGGAGGAGGCCGGCUCAAAGCAAUCCAAGGCCACGACGCUGCACCGCCUGCUGGGCUACAAGUCGCGGGGCCAGCGCACUGCCAAGGACGCCGCCUCUGGUUCCAACGAUGAGGGAGUGGGUGACAUGGAGGGCACCUUCACGGUCAAUGCAAAACGGCCGCUGGAGUGCGCGAGGGGGAGCCUGGCAGUGCUGGUGGACGAGGCGAGCAUGCUGGACAUGUCUCUGGCGGCCGCCCUUCUUGAUGCGCUGCCCACCGACCGACCCGUCCAGCUCGUCCUUGUCGGCGACGCGGACCAGCUGCCGCCGGUGGGCGCGGGCUCGUUUCUGGCGGCUGCGAUAGAGUCGGGCGCCGUGCCGGUGGUGGAUCUGCGCGAGGUCUUCCGCCAGGCGCAGGGCUCCGCCAUCGUCAAGGCCGCGCACGCAGUCCACGCCGGCGCCAUGCCGCCCCUCACCCGCGUCGCCCCCCGCAUCCCCUCCCAGGCGGCGCGGGAGAACGAGGCGUUGUGGGUGGUUCCCAGGAGCACGGCGGGCAUUGAGGAUGAGGUCGUGGCCACCGUCAGUGGCAGCCUCCUGUCAGACCGCGGCAUCGACGCAAAGACCGACAUGCAGGUGCUGUCUCCGAUGCGGAGGGGCCCCGCGGGUGUGCAGAGCCUGAACGCGCGGCUGCAGGCGCUGCUGAAUCCGCCGCAGCCGGGCCGUGCGGAGAUCAGCCUGGCAGCCGCCAGCGAUCGGCCCCAGCUGCUGCGCGCGGUGAACAACUACGACAAGGACGUCUACAACGGCGAUCCCGGCUACAUCAGCGAGAUAGAUGCCAAGGCACGCCGCGUCAUUGUGGACUUCCCCUCCGCCUUAUCAGGGCCGAAGCGGGUGGAGUAUGUGGGGCCGGAGCUGUGGGAGGUGGAGCUGGCGUGGGCGACCACCGUGCACAAAGCGCAGGGCUCCGAGUCUAAGGCCGUCAUCGUCGUGCUGUCCCCUAACCAGCGCCCCCUGCUCACCCGCCGCCUCCUCUACACAGCGCUGACGAGGGCGCGGGAGACGGUGAUAGUGGUGGGCCCGGAGGCGGCCAUCCGCACGGCGCUGCAGGACGUGCAGGGGGACGUGCGCCUCACCUCCCUCCACGACCGCCUGGCUGCCGCCGCCGACAGCGCCGGCCUCGCAAGGUGCGUGCCGGUGGUGUACGGGGAUGGGGUCUCCCCAGUACUGGCCGGCGCGGAGAUGGCACAGGCAGUCGCAGAGUCCCUCCAGCAGGCCAGCGAUGCUGAGGCGGUGGCAACACAGCACCCAUCUAAGGAGUUAGGCUUUCCCCACAGCAGCACAGCAGCGACCCCAGAAGUGGACACGCUGACAGUCCGCAGCAACGGCGUGUCUGGCCGCAUGGCCCCGGUUGCCACCAGGCGGGCACCGCUGGCCAGCAGGCCUCUGGCUCUGAGCAGCGCUGCAGCACAGAAGUGGGGAGCUGGAAAGAGGGAUGGCAAGGGGCUGAGCGUUGAAGACGUGGCUGCAUAA